CCAACGGGCCGGAUUAUAAGCUAGUUACUUAAAAAGUUUUUGUUUGUCACUAAAAUCAGUUUAUUCCAUCCAUAGUCAUUUAAAAUAGGUUAACGGUCCAAGUUUGAUCACUGGCCGUUAGUCUCCGUUAAAUUUUGUUAAUGUGGCGGUCAACUCUAAUAGUUGACCGUUAAAUGAGUGACGUGGCAAUUUAAAAAAAUAAAAUUUAAUUAUUUUUAUUUUCCACCUAAUUAUUAUAAAAUUCAAAACAAGAAAAUCCAAGGAUGUUCAAGCCGCUCCCAAACGACUCGCCUAAUUCUUCGAUAGGGGGUUGUUUAGAGGCAAAACCGGCUUUGGUCGAGGGAGGCGGGGCGUUUGGUUUCCUCGGAGGAGCUGGCAGAGGCGGCGCUAAAGUCUUGUUCUGGAGAGGUGGCGGAGGAGGUGACGGCUGCUUGGGUAUUGUUGGACUGUUGGUGGUAGUCAAGGCGACAUCAAGAGCGCGGUCGGUGGUGGGGGAGGAGGGCUGAAUUGUGAACUGGGCUUAGCUUUCUCUACGGCGGCCGACAUCAACGCAAUCUCACUGCCACCAGAAACAACAGACGCGUAACCAUACGAUGAGGACGUUAGCGGAGAUCUCACCUAGGGGUGGGCAACCGGUUCGAUAAACCCAAACCGAAACCAAAUUAUACCAUAACCAAACCGAAUUAAUGCUAUUCGGUUCGAAAUUUGGAAAGGAAAUAUGGAUAUUUUGGAAACCACGGGUCUUUCAACCGAACGAAAUUCCGACCAAAAAACCGAAUUACUAUAAUUGCAAGCUCUAAAUGGUGGAUAUUUAUGUUUGUACUUGUUUUGAGACUUAAAUAUUUGAAUAAUGUUAGUGUUUUAUG